UCUCCCUUAGAAAGGUCGAAAUCCGAGAAACAACUCGUACUAAGGGAUGAUGCCGGUUUGCAGGGGCGUUUGAAUGAAAUCCUUGGCCGGCCGCGCAAUCAUCAACUCCAAAUGGCAGAUUUUAAGGCCAGUAUACCGGAAAUAACAUGGUAUAGGGAAGUUCCGGAUCUAGUCGUGAUCAAUGAUAGCUCUGCCAUCAAGUUUCAGAGUCAGGAGGAAAGCUAA